GAGGCCCGCAACAAAUCCACAAACAAAACUCCAAGCGUCCGGAAAAUUUCUCAGUUUUCCCCGAAACUAAGUGAAAAUUUCGCAAGCCGAGGACGAGAAAAUGCCGCCAAAGUUGAAAUUUACAGAAGGCGAGAAGGUGCUCUGCUUUCAUGGCCCAAUUAUCUACGAGGCAAAGAUGCUGAAGAGUGCCAUCAUGAAGGACAAACAGGUGAAAUACUUUGUACACUAUGCCGGCUGGAAUAAAAACUGGGACGAGUGGGUGCCCGAGAACCGCGUUCUGAAAUACAACGAGGCGAAUUGCCAGCGGCAGCGUGAGGUCUCGAAGCAGCAUUCAUCGAUUGUCAGGAACAAGAAGAAUAGUGCAAAGGCCAAAAAAUCGGAAUCGCAAACUGGGUCCAGCACGCAGAGCAAGGACACUGACUCGCGCGCAUCAACACCUUCGAAGGAGAUGAGCAAAGAGAAAGAACCGACUCCAUCUCCGGCCGCCAGCAGCGGUUCUGCGACGGCACCGUCGUCGAAUGCGGCGAACCUUAGCGGAAGCACCACUUCAUUGUCUUCCGGCAGAAACAGAUCGUCUUUGAAGACGGGAUCGAUACCGAACACUGCGGGAACGUCCUCGUCCUCGAGUUCAUCUUCCACUUCCUCUACAUCGUCCUGUUCCACAGUGGUUGCAGCAUCUUUGAGCGCUAAAGAAAGUAGAUCGGGCGAGAGUAAGGAAAUGGGUGAGUCGAAAGCGAAAGAGGAAACUGGCGGCGACUUAAAUGGCUCUAGAGGCAAAAAGCGUGGUCGCAGCGAUACCAACUCAUCGAAUGUUGAGUCGGAAGAUCAAUUCAUGUCAAAGGUUGAGGUGAAGAUCAAAAUCCCCGACGAAUUGAAGCCAUGGCUGGUGGACGAUUGGGAUGCGAUAUCGCGGCAGAAUAAGCUGGUGGAUCUACCGGCAAAGGUGACGGUGCAGGAAAUCAUCGACAACUACGUGCAGUACAAAAAGCAAAGCAAAAUGACGACCGCUACGAAGGAGACGGCUGUUACCGAUAUUAGCAACGGUAUUGUGGAGUACUUCAACGUCAUGCUUGGCUCGCAGCUGCUCUACAAGUUUGAACGGCCUCAGUACGCGGACAUCAUCCAGCAGCAUCCGGGAGUGCCAAUGGCUAAGAUAUACGGUUCCUUUCAUUUGCUCAGACUCUUCGUCAAACUCGGUUCCAUGCUUGCCUUCACCUCCCUAGACGAAAAGUCCAUCCAAUCGCUGAUUGCGCACAUACAGGAUUUCCUCAAGUACUUGGUGAAAAACAGCAGCACGCUGUUCAACAUGCAGCAUUACGUUAAUACCAGCCCUGAGUACCACCGAAAGGCUCAGUAAUAGUGUAGUUUUACGAUUUUUGAAUUAUGUAUUUGAACAUACUACAGCAAAAUGCUAAAAUUUUCUCAUCUCUCCCUCACCGAACGGGUGAUGGUAUUAGCACCGGUGUCGGAUGACCCAAUAAAGAACCUAUUUUAAUUACAAAUUAAAAAUUAUCAUCAACAAUCAUCAAUA